AUGUUCGAUUCAAAUACAAUACCCCUUAAUUCUCAAUUGCUGGAAUACCUUAAGAAUACGUUUUCCAGGACAAUAAGAGCAUCAGGUAAAGUUCCUCAACAUGUAGCGUUUAUUAUGGAUGGUAAUAGAAGGUAUGCAAGAAGACAUAAUAUAGAAGUAAGAGAGGGCCACAGUGCAGGCUUCGUGAGUAUGAACAAGGUUUUAGAGCUUUGUUAUGCUUCUGGUGUGAAAACGGCAACUGUUUUUGCCUUUUCAGUGGAAAAUUUCAAGAGAAGUGCAUUUGAGAUUAAUUCCUUGAUGGAAUUAGCUAAAGAGAGAGUUAUUCAAAUAACUGAGCAUGGAGAGCUUGCGUCGAAAUAUGGCAUUCGGAUUUGUAUUAUCGGAGACAGGUCAUUGUUGCCUACCGAUUUACAGGAAGAAAUGGAGAGAGCAGAGAAGAUUACUGAGAAAAAUACUAGAGCUGUGUUGAAUGUUUGUAUCCCAUAUACAGGAAGAGGGGAGAUUCUACACUCGAUAAAAAGCACCGUAGCAGAUGCCCAAAACGAUGGGUUGUUACAGGAUAACGAGGUAAACGAUACUGCGCUCGAUGCUCAUAUGUAUACAGCCCACUUACCUUCAUUAGAUUUGUUGAUCCGGACUAGUGGAGUCAGCAGAUUAAGCGAUUUUCUGCUAUGGCAAGUUUGCCAGAAGGGCGUAAUAAUAGAGUUGCUGGACUGUCUCUGGCCUGAAUUUGGACCCUUCACAAUGGCGUGGAUAUUGUUAAAGUUUGCAUUUAGAAAGUCUUUCGAGUCACAAGAUGACAGCGAUUUCGAUGAGGGAAAUGAUGAUGAUAAAAAGGAGAGGUAA